CCCAUCGAUCCGCACGCACCACCUUUAUAUAAGUGUGUGACCGGAUCGCAGACUUUUUAUUUUUAUUUUUUCUUAUUCCUUUUCUUUUCGCUGAGGGAUAUCUGCAGUAUAUAGUAGAUAUAGUAGAUGACUCACUCCAUGGUGUAGAUAGAUCUUUCUCUCUCUUUUUCCAUUCCACCCAUUUGGCACAGCAGUUGCUCCUCCGGGUAGGGGGGCUGAGAGGCUAUUGCUCCGGCCCGUUUUCCAAUAAAAUCCCAUUUCCGGAGAGAUGUGUGUAUAUUUCGCUCCUGGGCCUACAUGGCCAGCAGAGUCCAUUUAUUUCAUGUCUUCUUUUUUUCCUUCUUCUUUUUUAUCGCGUUGGGGAAAUAUUUGUUGGAAUUUAAAAGAAUUCAAUAGGAUCGCAGGUGCCGGGUCGGGCCCAAUCGACGGUUGUGCGUGCCAUUUAACAGAAAAACGACACCAUUUUCAUUUGCACAGAAAACGUCCGAUUAAGACAAAAGCCAGUCGGAGCGAAUCCAACGGAAGAGAGAAAGUAGAGAUCAAUCCAUGCGCGGCCACACGGGAAGGAAGAAGAAGAUUCGCUCGUGCUGCGGCUGCUGCUCUCCCCUUUAUUAAAGAAAUAGCAGCUGCUGUUCGAGAAGAUCUUUGCCUGGCCUAUUGUGUGCACAUUUUCCGUUAAAAGAGAGAGAGAAGCGCGUGCUGCUGAUGGAAUGAUAUCACAUAAUAAGCUUAUCGAGCUUAUACAACCCCUCCGUCUCUCUUUCUCUCUCUUGUCAAACUUCUAUUUCCACUAAAAGGAUAGUAUCGAAAAAGGAAGAAGAAAAUAAAAGAGCAAACAAUAUGUAUCGAACCUUCCCAUAUGGUGUGUGAUAACCCAACACAUCUCAAGGAGAUCCCGAGAAAAAAAGUUGGGCGUUUCUUUUCCUUUGGACACUCUGAGGAAGAAAAAGGAGAUGGGACACUUUUGAUAAGAACAACACCAACAAAGCCGCACCUUUUUUUCUUCUUUUUUCCAUUUUCCCCCCGGUGCUAUACAAUAUUUCUCGCCCAGCAGGAUCUCUAUAGAAAAAUGGUGCAGCUUCGUUUGCCAUCGAGGAAAAACUCGUUUAAAAACAGAAAAGAAAAGGGGGGGGGACACAGCAUCAAACAUUGACAAACACUUCGUUUUCGCCUCUACAGGAGAUCAUUACGAUUGAAUGCAAUUUUUUUCCCGACUCUGGGGCCCGUUGUGGUACCGCUGGACGUGGGUCGACUCUAAUCAACUUACCAAUUUAUGUAUAUACAUGUACAACACGGACACUGUCGUCCUAUAGGUAUAUUCGCAUCUCAUCUCUAUUGGAUGGCCCCACGCACUACACACACAAUGUACAAACAAAUUGAUGGCAUGACGCCCGAGUUCGAUAAUUGAAUUCCAGUCGAGCUACGAUCGCGGUCGCCCGGUCUACCAUCAAUUCGGCUGGACUUGUGUGUAAACUUUUUUGCUGUGUGCAGAGCAUGCUGGACAAGAUGGGAAUAAGCAAUAGAGAUACUAUAGUUCUUUACUAGGUUAUUUCUUUGAGAGUUGAAUUUUUUCUUUUUGAAAUUCCCCCCCAAAAAUAAAGAUGUACGUAGAGAUGUUGUUUAAGAUGUUGAGCCAUCUUUUCCUAUCGUGUUUACGAGUUGCGUUGUUUUCUUUUUGGCCGCAUCAUCAAGGGCUUUAUGUUUAUGAGGACCCCACGUGACUCUCGUUAAAAUAAAUAAAAUUCCUUCCCGAUGACUCGUCGAGAUAAAAACAACGCACUUUGUAAUAAGACCAUUUAAAAGACGCGGGUGGAAAAUGCGUUGCCGUAAAUUAAAUGCGUGACGGCUUGUCAAUGAAGGAGAUGUUGUCGUUUGUUUCUUUCCCUACCAUGAACCGAGAUUGGAGUGUGCGAGCUGUGCACUUUUUAUGGAAUUUUAUGGGUCCUAUGGAGGGCCGUCCAGUUACGCCCAAUAUAAAACAUACAGAUAAAAAAAAAACUGUUGAGAAAAAAGAGGAUUUAAUAUUGUUAGGCCAUUUUUUGAAGGGGAAAAAAUUGACUGAAAGGUAUUUAUUUAAUUAUUCAUUGAAUAAUAUACGUAGUUCCGGAAUGAUUAGUCAUCCAACUAAUAUGAAUAUGGUAUUCCGUUUUAAAAUGAUUUAAUACAGAGUUAUUCCUCUUGAAGGCUUUCACUGGUGAGAUGAAUGUGCCCUAGAGCUUUGUGUGUGUAAAGUUCAUUUAUUGUUUAGUUCAAACAUUAAUGCGCACGUUGUUUUUCAGACAAGACUGUAGACUACAAUCUAUGUGGGGGCGGGAGACGCGAUAUAAUAACAAAAAAAAUGCCAAUUUUUAUUCUUUUAUGGUUACCGUCUACGUCACAUCACGAAGGCUACGACGUAGAAAUUUUAUAUGUUUGUGCCCGGUAUUGGCUGUAUCACGAUUCACGUUAUUAUACGAGACGAUCUUUUUUUGCUUUCGUGUCGUGACCAUACUGAGAAAAUCGUUCACAAACGCCAUCUAACGGCAAUGGUGCAACUAGUCUGUGUUGCAGUCGUGUCGUUGUCUACCAGCCCAAAAAAUCGAAUAAUCAAUCAAAAAUCUUAAACGAUUCUCAAAUAAUUUAAAAUAAAAUUGAAAGAUAACUAGAAACUAGCUUUGGUUUAAACCAAGGCAGUCAUAAUAGAUCAGUUGAUUUCAAACCACCCAAUAAAUUUUGUCAUGGAAGAAGCACUUGUUUCUUUGAAAAAGAAUGGUUGGAACCUUUCGUUAGAGAAAAUAAAGAAACAAUUUCAAGACUUCGAGUCGGAAGCAGGCAACGAGGAAAAAAGAUUUUUAAGGGACCCUGAGAAAUGGAUCAUAGAUGAAGACUUGAAAAAUUUAGCAAUCCCUAGUCUUCCAGAUGGAGUAAAUUCGGGUAAAGUUACCCAGAUUUCAACACCUAUAGUCUUGCAAAUAAAGGCUGUUGAAAUAAUUUCUGCCCCAAAACAAAAUGUUGACUCUGAGGCUGCGCCUCGAAUGUUGAAAGUUGCCUUAAGUGAUGGAAAAACCAUUUGUUAUGGAAUAGAAUUUGAACACAUUUCAAAAAUAAGUUUGGCUACACCACCUGGGACAAAAAUUCGAUUAAAUAGAGAAGUCAAACUCUGGAAUGGGUUUAUCUUGCUUGAUGCCAAAAAUCUUCAGUUCAUGGGAGGAGAAGUGCCUGAUUUAAUUGAGGAAUGGAAAGUUCAACAGGUGAAAUCAAAAAUGUUAAUUUCAGGACAAGCUGAAUUACAGAAUGAACUUUCUCCUAAUUAUCAAUUUCAAUUACAGUUGCUACUUGGUCACGUUAGGUCACAGGACCAGGAUGGCCCACCUCCAUGGGUUCCUUUUGGUCGCAGAAUACAACCUCUCAAUAUCGUCGAUGGACAAGACAAAAAGACUUUAGAGGAAAAGGAAAAAGUCGUCAAAGAUGAAGAGUUUCUUAGCCAAAGGCAAGAUGCUAUCGCAGCUGCAGCUGACGCCAGUGGCGUAACAAAAGUCAUCAAAGGUUCCGGACGUCAACUGGAAAUGCAACAAACUGAGAGAAGAGGACGGGGACGAGAACGCCGCGAAAGAAAUUCGUACCGAGACGAAGAGCGUUCUGCGAAACCUCGAGAUUCAAUUCGUCUUUUCGAAUUUCUCCAACCGCAAAUUGGUGAAACACCAAAGGAAGAAGACAACGCCGCCUAUUCUGAUGAAGAAGAUUACGUCGGACUAGACGAGGCAGAAGAAAAUCGACCCAGUUGGGAACGUGACGGCGUCUACCGCCGUCCCGGCUAUGGAGUUUCGGGAUCGGGAGAACAAUCGUAUUCUCGGGGACGGGGAUCUUACCAGGAUCGAAACGACCAGCAGAAUGGUCGUGGACGCCGGGGAUCUUAUCGUGGACAAGGAGGUUCAUAUAUUCAGGACGAUCCAUAUCGGGAAAGAAGAGAUUCUCAUCGCGGACGAGGCAGCUCCAAUCAGGACGAUUCUUAUCGAGACAGAAAAGAGUCUCAUCGUGGAAGAGGUGGUUCCAACUACGACGAUUCCUAUCGAGACAGAAGAGAAUCGCAUCGUAGCCGAGGGUCUCAUCAAGAAGACUGGAGGGGAGUCUCAGCAGGGACAAGUUCUCGAGGAGGAGGAAACUCCCACUUUGAUCAAGAGCAAUCUUACGGUGGGAGAGGGCGGUCUUAUCACGAUCGAAGAGGUUCGUCUCGAGGAGGGAGAGGAGGAAGAGGAUCAAGAGGAUCUCAUCGAGACAUUGAAGAUUCAUAUUCAAACCAAAGAAGCUAUAGUAGAGAUUAUCCAUCCAGCAGAAGUCCGGUUGAUGCUCUGGUCGACGACUUCAAAGCCUGGCCUGGCCUGGAAGCCAAACCCACUGCCACUCAGAUUUCAACUCAAGUAGAAGUCCGGACUGCGGCUCCUCCCAAAUCUCAGGAGCAAUGGGCAGUCGACGAUUUCUGUCUGGCCAAAUGGGAAUCUAGUGACAAGCAUUAUCCAGCUGUCAUCCAGCAGCUGCAUCCAGCUCGUAAAUCAGCAACAGUCAUGUUUGUCGAAUCAGGUGCGUUGCGGAUCGUAGAGAACAAGUAUCUACGCCGUGACCCGCAAGACGAGGGGCCGACAAUUACCAAUCGACCCAGAGGAGGCCAAGCGACUCGUAUCUAUACACCACGGAAUCGCGGUGCUCACGGAGGAGGAGGCUGGUAAAUAGCUAGAAAAAGAAUCGCAAAACAGGCGUGUAUUUAUCUCUACCCUCACCCGUUGUCAUUUGAAACAGCGUUCAUGAUAAUUGGUACCUACGCAUUACAAGUGACACGUCAAAAUCAGAAA